AUGGAAUACUUGUUUCAUAAAAGAUGUGCUGCACGACUACGCGAUAUAUUGCAAAAGGCUAAAGAGAAAGCAUGCAAACCGCCUUGGAUGGGUGUAGAUACAUGGAAGUUUCUUCUUGAGAAGUGGCAGACAAAAGAUUUCAAAGAUGUCUCCAAACAAAAUAAGACUAAUCGAUCAUCAAGUAGAGGUGGGGCAGUCCAUACGUCUGGCCGUAAAGCUCACCAUGAUGUUGCACUUGGAUUGGCUAAAAAACUCAAGCGACCCGCACAUCCGGAUGAGCUCUUCAUUGCCACCCAUAAAAAGAAGAAUGGGGAGUGGGUUGACGAGCGUGCAGCGACAACACAUGAAACAUAUGUGAGUAGUCUUACACAAGCCACACAAACUGGUAUUGAUGUGGAUGGAUCAACAAGAAUACAAAUGUGGAAAGACGUUGCCGGAGGUAAAACACGGGGUCGGUGUUAUGGAGUUGCACAAUUGGCGCACAACGUAAGAGAUGGAGUGAGCUUUUUGACACAAGUGUCUGUUACAAACCCCAAUAGUGAAGCAGAUAGCGAAGCUAUUGAGGCUGCCAGAGCUGAAGCUGCCGCUGCACAAAUUUGA